GCCGACACUGGCGGAGGCAGAGAGAAGUAACCUGGCUACCGUGAUGUUGAACGUAAUGAGGGGAGUAAUGUGGAACAACAAACUAGUGCAGGCACACCUGCACGCGGAACGACAGCAAAAACAGCAAUACCAGCAAGACCUGGCCGUUGUAACGGCCGGCGUCCGCGACGCAGCAAUGCAGCAGCAGCAACAGCAACAACUGAUGAACUCUACGAUCGCACGCAUCAACGGCAUUGAGGCCAAGGCCUCAGCAGCGCCAGGCUGCACGACGGACGCGACGAAGCAAAUCAACGAACGCAUCGAUCACGUCGUCACCAUCAUCGGCGACAUAGGUGUUUUCAACGGACCGGACACGAUCAGCAACAUGGUGGCCGCCAUCAAGACGGACAUCACCAAGCUACAGACGAUACCGGACGCCGCUACAAAGAUGUUCAAGAUGCCGCACUUCGACAUCUGCAAGUUCGACGACUACAACAAGUCGGACGCUUUGACAUGGUGGCAACGUUUCCUCACGGAAGCGUCAUGCCGCACUGUCCCGGCGAACGACAUGUUGAAGGCACUCUAUUUGCAACUGAUUGGAGGAGCACACGCAUGGAUGAACCACCUGGCGGCCACCCACAAGUGCACCAUCGCCGAACUCCACGCACAUCACGUGGAAGGAGUUCAAGCAGCUAUGGUUCACCCGGGGAACAUGCCAACUCGAGACUGGACAACGAAGUGGCAAAAGAUAGUGACCACACCAGGCUUCGACUUGACGUUUCCAAAUCAACGAUCCGAGUUCUUCUCGCGAUCAUGCGCGGGAUUGCGGUCGGCACUCGGUAAUGAGUACAACUAUACCACAUUCCAGAGCAUUCUGGACCGAGCGAACUUGGUCAUCCAAACGGACGACAAGGCCGCUAACGAGAGACAAUCCCAGCCGCAUUAUGUGGCUAAGCAGGCCUAUCAACGUCCGACACAUAACAAUGCCGUGAUUUCUGAGGAAACUGACGACCACCACGCUGCAGCAACAUCCUCGGGUGAUGGAGGAAUUGUCGCAGCGCUCCCGCCGAAGCGUACCAAGAGAGUUCGUAAGAACAAGGCGACACAAGAGACGGCAGCGACGGGAGCUGGGCAGCCAUGGACGACAUAUAAGAUCACCAAGGAGGUCUAUGACCUACGUCAGAAGUACGGAUACUGCCUUUCGUGCAACGGAGUCACCCAUGUGACCGCACAAUGCCCCGAAAAGGGCAAGGCACGYGUACCCCGUCCAGCAAACUCGGAAAACUGAGUUACGCAAGGAGAGGGGCGACGUCUCUCCUCACUCCGCCGGACGCGGUUGCCUUGCUAGCAAUCGAUGUCACUACCGGGGAGCAUGCGUUAGUCGCUGAUUCUCGUGCUACGUACGAGGAUUAUGCUGCCCAGCUGGUACCACCAUUAGACCAGCCUAGCCACGUGCAUGUACAUUGCGUAUGCGCAGCCUGUACACCGUCGGCAAGUGAUCCGGUCAGUUCGCCACUGAUUUCCGAGG